UCUCUUGCUUUUUCUUCGCUUCAUCUUCAAAUUUUCAAUUCGUCUAUAGUUGUUUGUUUAUCGAGAAAAUGCCAUAAAUUUUGUUGAAUGAUGCGCUGCAUAUUUCUAUGCUUUCAACUUGAUUGUUAAAAGUUGACGACGUAGGUUGGGGCUAGCUUUGCAUACUUUUGCUGUUCAAAGAGCUCGUCUAUCUCCCCAAAAUGAAGGGACGUGUGAGAUGGGAUGAAGCUAAUAUUGGAAACAUUGAGGCAAACAAACCUGUGAGGCAAAAAAUUACUGAGCCUAAGACUCCAUAUCAUCCUAUGAUUGAAGAUGACAGCUCUCCAUCUCCUGGAAGAGGAGGGUACGAUGAAGGUGUGGAUGAUAAAAGUGACCCAACAAAUGCUGAAGAAUCUGCUUUUGAUAAUGUGGUUUCUUGCAAUAGAAAAAAAACUAGACAAUCUGAUGGCUGGACAUCAUCUGAGGAUGAGACAGAAUCAGUAGAACAAAUUGAUGAAGAUGCAAGUUGUAGCUUUAAAGAGCACCGACGUGCCCACUAUGAUGAAUUCCUUAAAGUCAAAGAAUUGAGACAACAGGCUCUUCUAGAGAAUGGAAGUGACGAGGAUAAUAAUACUGAGGAGAAGAAAUCGAACUCUGACUCAUCUUCUGCAGCGAGUAAAGGAGAUUGACAUCGAGGGGUAAUAUGGACUUCUCCAACCAAAUGUUUCUUAUAUAUUGUUUGAUUUUGAUGAAUAAAACACACUUCGUGGUUUCAUUACUAUUUACAUUUUUGGGAUGUUUCAUGGUUAAGAUUGGAUGUUUCAUGAUGAUAUUAGAAGAAUGAUAGUUUGGCGUCCUUUAGUGCAUUUAAUUUAAUACCAUCCCAAGAGAGUGAAGGUAGGAAGAAGCUGAGAAAAAAAGUGUUAUAGUUCAUAGUUGAAGUAAUAGACAACUAUUAACUUCAAUUAUAGAUAUUAGUAGAACUCUAUACUUAGUUAUUCAUUUUCAGCUAGAUCAAUUCACAAUGCACGAGUUUCAUUGUUCCUUUCUACAUAA